AUGUCCCAUAUAACCUCCUCACUCGAGCAUUUGGACCAUUAUAUCAAUACAGCGAUAAAAACACGGGACAUUACUGUCUCAUUUUCUGAUCUCUUUGGAGGCGCAAGGCAUGUUAUCCGAUGGCUAUUCCCCAGCUGGAUGGAUGAACAUUUAGACUUUGUUCAGUUCAAAGAUGGAAUAACUAACAAACUUGUCAAAUGCACGAAUAGAAGUCUCUCGCUCUCAGUCUUGGUCCGUGUAUACGGUAAUAGAUCCGAACUGUUAAUUGAUCGAAGGCAAGAAAUAAGGAAUUUUGUUGUUCUCUCAGAACUAAAUCUUGGCCCAAGACUCUAUGGUAAAUUUACUAAUGGUCUUGUAUAUGGAUUUCUGUCGGGUGACGCUAUCUCUGUGACAGAUAUGUCUAGGCCGGAUAAAAGUAAGCUGAUUGCGAAGCAGCUUGCUAAAUGGCAUGGUGUGCAAUUGGCUGGAGAGAGAGUAUCUGCCUUAUUUACAACGUUGCAGAAAUGGUUGAAUGAAGUUCCAGAGAUGUAUGAAAAUCCCCAGGUUAAUGCAAUAUUUCAAGCUAGAUUUAACAUGGCUAAUAUUAGGGAAGAGAUACAAUCACUCCAACAAGAACUCGAGGCGUUAAGAUCGCCAGUAGUUUUUUGUCAUUGCGACUUGCUGAAUGCGAACUUGAUCUAUAACAAAGAAGGAGAUACAAUAUCGUUUAUAGACGUUGAAUAUGCGUGCUACAACUACCAAGGUUUCGAUAUAGGGAACCAUUUCAACGAGUUCGCAGGGUUUGAAUGUGAUUUCAGUUUAUACCCAAAGAAGGACUUUCAGAAGAUCUGGUUGCAUAAUUAUUUAUCGGCUGUUCAUCCUGACCGUGAUCCAACCGAAGAGGAAAUUGAAAGGUUAUACAGUGAAGUGAAUAAAUUUGCAUUAGCAUCGCAUUGUUAUUGGGGAUUGUGGGCCCUGGUUCAAGCUCGUUUAUCAGAAAUAGAUUUUGACUACAUGGGAUAUGCUAUCAAACGAUUUGACGAAUAUAAUAAGCGUAAGGAGGAAUUCCUUUCGUUGUAA